CCCCCUCCUCCUCCUCCCCUCUGCAGCCUCUCCAGCAGAAUGCCCGACAUUCUAACAAACGGAAGCAGGCGCUACCAUUUUGAAAUACAGCACCGCUUAGCGCCAUGGACAAGAGCCACACAGUGAAGCUCUUUGUGGGGAACUUGGCGUUGGACACCACCCAGGAGGAGCUGUCGGCCAUCUUUGAGUCUUAUGGCCAAGUGGUGAGCUGCAGUGUGCUGCGACAGUUUGCCUUCGUCCACCUGCAGGGCGAGGGAGCCGCCGAGCGUGCCAUCAGGGAGCUCAAUGGAAGAGAGUUUCGUGGACGCAAUUUGGUGGUGGAAGAGUCACGGGGCAGGCCGCUGCACUCCACCAAGGUGUUCGUAGGUAAUCUGAGUGGGAUGUGCACCACUGAAGACCUACAGGAGCUGUUCCAGACAUUUGGGAAAGUCCUGGAGUGUGACAAAGUCAAAGCCAGGCAUUCCUCUUCUGCAGGCUAUGCCUUUGUCCACAUGGAAAACAAGGAGGACGCGCUCCAGGCCAUCGAGGCCCUCCACGGUACCUCCUUCAAGGGCCGCCCCCUCUCUGUGGAGCUGUCCAAGGUCCAGCCCAGCAAGCAGACGCCCACGGGGAAAAUCCCCUGUGUGAGUUGUGGGAAGCAGGGUCACUAUGCUGGAGAGUGCCCUGUGGGCAAGCCCUCCCUGGAGCAGUACCAGAGCCAGGCGGCUGUUCUGGCUGCCGCCGCUGCUGCAGCCGCCGGUUUGCCACUUCAGGUCCAACAGAGUGUGCACAAUUCAGUCUACAACACCUCCACGUUUGAUCCCACCUAUGCAGCUCUCACUGGGCUUACCACUGGCACACGCACGGAUGGGAACCCAGUGAACCCGGCUGUUUAUGGUGCCCUCGCCAGCCAGGUGUAUGGUGCUAAUGUUGCCAGUCAGCUCUAUGGAACAGUGGCCAAUCAAGCGGCUCUGACAUCAGGUGCCACACAGGUGUACAGCUCAGUUACCCCUAACAUCUAUGGCCAGGUUGCCGCUUCUCCUGCUGCGGCAGCGGCUGCUGCAGCAGCCGCUGCCUACACCACUCCAGUUUACACCCCAGCUGUGGCCAACCACCCAGUCUACUUGGCUGCCGCUCCUGGAAUAGAGAUGCCAACAGCAGCAGCAGCAGUCAACCCAGCCUACACUGUAGCUCCAGCAAUAUACGGUGCGGCCACGCCAGCGUACGCCCAUAUAAGCGCCAUGGGAGCAGCGGCAGCAAUGGGAGCAGCGGACCCUACAACAGCCAUCUUUGAGGCAGCCAGGCAGGCACAUUAUUUUGCCCAGGGCCAGCAGGUUCUGGCCGAGCAGCAGACGGUAGCUGCUGCAGCAGCAGCAGCUGUGGCAAAAUCAGGCGAGCGAGACCGGAGUCCACUUCGGAGGUCGGCACCACUGUUACCCGACCCAGUAAUGAAGCCUUUCAUGUACCAGAGAGCCAAGCCGCGCCGGCCCCUACUCCCCACGCCGGCUGGCCGAGCAGCAGAAGAGGCAGUGGAGGCUGCAGAGGAUCCCAUGGCCAGGUACUAUGCGGAGUACUACCAGCAGCUGCAACAGUACCCUCAGUUCCAGUAUGCCUACCCGCCCCCCAGCACAGUGACAGCCCUCCCUGGCAUGCCGGGAGUGCAGGCUGUGCCAGCUGUGCCAGCCGUACCCACGAUGUCUGCCCAGCCGGUAGCCACGCUGGAUGCCCUCAGGCCAGUGGUCCCCGCAGCUGCGGCAGUGGCAGCCGCCAUGGCCGCGCCCAGGGUGUAUGAGCCGCCGUUGCCGCCGCCCACGCGCAAGGAGGCCAUCCUCCGCCGCCCCGAACUCUCCCUUCACACGCCUGAGCCCCCCUUCCGAUAGUCACACACAACUCUUUGCCCCCCCACCCUCGCUACCCCCCAUUCCCGACCCAUCACCUCUUCCUCACCAAACUCCCAAUCUUGACCACCUUACAGCAGCUGUGUGUGUUUGUGUGGGUGUGUAUGGGUGUAAGUGGUAGGGUGGGUAGGGCUUCUAGGUGUGCGGGGCGGGGUUUUCAUUGUGGGCUUCUUGGUUUAACCAGCUUUAGGAGGGACUUAAUCAACUAACCUUGGUCCUGACUGCUCACACACAGUGCAGCCAAGAAGGGUACAGUUUGUUCUCAUCUGUUGUAUGGGCAUUCUCAGUGCUUCUCAGUUUUACUUUUUAUCGUGCCAGUCCACUCUCACACUUGUGCCAGUAUUUGACUGAGCAGAUCAGUCAUUUCAUAUGCCUUUAUUUCCAUAAACCAGUCAUGAUUUUCUAAGGCCAAAUCUAUGAUACCAGAAUCAUUGGUUUUCAAACCUGUCAGCCAUUCUCCUUAGGCCUAGAUGGUAAGUUAGGGCAGCUAAUUUGAAACCUUUUUUGCCUUAUGUUGAAAUGUUUAGAUUUGUGAUGUGUUUACCUAUGAGAUGGGAAGUCAGAUAAGCAUAUGUUUUGUACCAGCUGCAUUGCACCGUGUCCAGCAGAACCAAGGUUGAUGGGUGGGGUGGGAUAGGGGUAUGGUGGGGUCUGUCUUGAAUGUGAUGUGACUGUAGUAUGAGUGUGUGUGAAUGAGGGAGAGACAGAGCGAUGUGCGGGCUCCUAAGCUGUGAUGACCUUGCAGCACACAAACGCAGCAGCUAUGACUGCGCCUUGCAGAAACAAACCGUAAAGCACACAUAUGCGUACUGUAAUGUAUGUUUGGAUUUCUCUUUGACCCCUUUCUCCAAAUCCCUUCCUUGCCUCCACUGUAACCAAGACACAGAAAGACACUGCUCCAACUCUCUCUAUCUCUCUCUUUAACUACAGCUGCCUACCUCUGACAGUGAAUUUCAGUGGAGAUAAAUAGGCUUUCUUCUAUUCUAUUCUGCUCUAUUCUAUUCCAUUCUAUUCUGUUCUGUUCUAUUCUAUUCUAUUCUGUGUAAGUUAAUGCUUUAGUAAGCUUUCACCCAGUCAGCUAUUUAUCUUCUGCUUCUCGUAAAGGUUCGGUGUCAGCAGUUCAGAAAGGGAGGAGACACAUUUCGGUGACAUUCAUUUGUGUGUGUGUGAGAUAUAUAUAUAUAUCUAUAUCUAUAUAUCUAUAUCUAUAUAUAUCUACAUAUAUAUAUAUAUAUAUAUAUAUAUAGAUAUAUAUAAAUAUAUAUAUAUUAGUUCUACUGUAUGUUCAGAGGCCUUUUUACAUUGUGUGUUUUGUUUGUUUUAGUGUAGUUUCUAUGUAAUCCAAGUCAACCUGGGGUGCAAUGAAUUAUAAAUGGAAAACCCCUCGUGUGAUGACUGAAUGAGCUGUUUACAAAAAAUCGUGCUACUUUAGACUGCAUCCUAUUUAGAAUCAUGACAAUAUGUGAUGAGCUCAACUAUGUGCCUAUAAGCUUUGAGUGAAGUGCAUUUAGUGGAGGGAUCUCCCAUUUUUUUAAGUGCUUUUUACAGAUUUCUUUUUAAUCAUGUUGGGCUUGGCCCUCUAGAGAGCCUAUGAACAAAGCACAGCGGAGCUUUCUCAUGGACCCGCUCUCCUGUAUAGGACUAGUUUAACAUCAUAGGGUUUCAAAGCCACAAAGUGGGCCUUGCCUGCCUCACAAUUUCUUGAUUAGCCACUGGUUAAAGCAGAAAGCUAACAGCGAUAGUACCAAUGAAGUGAGAGAUGGGGCAGUGUCUUUGAGUUACCCCAACAAUCUUCCUCUUCUAUUUACCAGACCUGCUUCAAAUAGUAAUUGCAAAAAAAUCUUAGCAUUUGUUUCAACCCAGCUGCAGAAUCAGACGGGUGGGAUUUACUGCAUUGGGAUACUUCAAAUAAUGUCACAAAAGCUGUCAAUCAUGGAGAAAUAUACUAAAGUGACCUUUCAUUUUAUUAUAUUGUGUGGCAAACCCCACCAAUCUGGUACUCCAAGCUCUUUGAAACAAUUGCUCAGAGUUAUUUGCAAAAACUAUUUGACCACGGUCUGAUGCACACACAGACACACCUUCUUAAAUCACCUUACUGCCUCGCUGUUUUCCCUUUCCCCUCUUCCCCUGUGGUUUUUAGUGGUUAAGUGACUUUUGCAUCUCACAAUGUAAUCUUUCUGUGUCGUAUAUACGCAUACACAUACCAGUUGCAUCCUUUGUAGAAUUAUGUGGUUGCGAAAUGUCUUGUUUGCCAUGUCUGAGACCGUAUUUUUUAGAGAAGUAUUUUAAUUUUGCCUUUUUUUAAAAAAAAAAAAGACAAAAGAAAAGUAAAAAAAACAGCAUGCUUUUUAUUGAGAAUAUGUAUACUAUAUACACCAUUAUAAUAAAGAAUGUUUGGCUGACUACUGUGGUAAACGAAAGCACAAGGGUUUGGACAUUUCCCCUUCUUCUUGUUUACGCUUCUCUUCUCCACUUCCUGUUUCUCUUGUGUAAAAUGACCACCAGACCCUUUUGACUGGGGACCCAAGGGGAGACAGGUGUACAUGCUGCCCCAGCUUUGCUCUCUUUGGUCAGGGUAAGUCUGGGUUGGUGCUCCUUUCUCUCUCCAGCCUCUCGAACUGUGUGCAGACCCUCUCUAUUGCAAAGCCACAAUGCAAACCCUCACUGGUUCAACCAAGCAAAAUCUGCAUGGUCUUCCAGCAGCUUCAUUCUGGUAAUCUUUGCUCCACUGAGUCAUGCUAUCUUUAAAACGGCCAUAAAAGGGCCUAUUUAAAAGAGUGGGGUUCAGCUAAUCAAGAAAAUGUGUUUUAGCAUUUAAUUCUGGAAAACGAGACCAAAAAGUUGUGUGCAUCAUAAAGAUAAAUACUGACAUACAUUUAUUGGAGUGUAGUCCCUCCAUAAGGAUAACACUGAUUAAUCUGACAGCAGUGGCCUUUUUACAAAUUGGCCAAAUGAGGCAAGAAGCUGAUAUUUUUUACACAGGGAGGGCACCACACUCACAAACACCUGCACACACGCAGUGACAUUGUGCUGAGAGCUGGGGAGAGGCACACAGAUAGAAUGGCCUGGUUGCAUUUUGAUCUGUGGGGCAGUUCUGUGGCCGGUGGGUUGAGGGUUGUGCGUCUGGUCUGGUCUCUCCUUACUCCACCAAAAACCUCCCCGUGUGUCUCUGUGUCCACUCUACUCUAGACCUGCAUGUGUUAAUAUCUGUACUCUGCCGCCAAAAGCCCGUUGACAGUCCAGCUCUGACUAACUAUCUCAACUGAAUUAGGUCACCGUGCCAUCUGGAACGGCCACUGUGCAUCCGCGUGUGAGGGGGAAGGACAUUUAGCGUGACGCCAGUGCAGUGGGAACUUGUUCUCUCUUUCUCCAACCACCAAGGUAAAUGAAAUAAACAAAGCAAAACAAAGCACUGCCCCCUGAACCCACCCUCCCCCACCUGCCGCCCCUCCUCUUACUGUGCCUUGACCGAACACUCCUCCCCUCUCCUCUCCUCCGCCAUCACCACCUCCCCCCUGCCCUCCGUAGCUCUUCCUCUCCUGCAAUGGCAGCGCCACACCUACAGCCUUGGGCUUCCCGUCAGUGGGGGUGGGGGGUGGGAUGUCUUGGGGAGGAGGGGGGUAGCAACAGCCCUUCCACCAGCCCCAAGUGAUCUAACUUGUCCUGUCUCGCAUCAGCACAAGAUCCAACUGACUGUGCCCUUUCUGUCUCACUGUACCGCUGGUGUGUGUGUGUGUGUGUGUGUGUGUGAGUGUGAGUGUGUAAGAAUGUAUAGGGAGAAGAGAGGGAUUGAGGGUGUGUGUCAGAGAGUAUGGAUGUCUGAGAAUGUGUGUUUUUGUCUGGCAUUUCAUUAACUGGUGUGUUGAGGCUUGGCACAUGCGGACUCCCCUUCCCCUACCCGCUAGUCAACUCCUCUCCACCGCCGUAUUCGCCGCCCUCCCCCUCCCUCUCUUCUUCCCCCCUUCUCUCCCCCAUCUCCAAUUCUCUCCCCCAUCUCCAAACCCUCCUCUCUUUCCUCAACUCCUUUCCCUCCCCCUCCCCUCCCCUCCCCUUCCCUCUGCGCCUCUCCUUUCCGCCGUUCACACAGCGCUUCCGCCGCCACCGCCGUCGCCAUCUUGGAUCUGGGUUCGUGGCUCUGGCUCAGGCUCAACUUCCCAGAACCACCCACCUGACCCAUGUGCCCUUGUAACCAUAGAGACCCCCCGGGCGUGACAAUGGACAGUGAAUGUGUGGUGGCUCACCGCCGGACACAAUAACAUUACACAGAGACUUCGGUGUUGGGACGAGUCGCUUUGCUAAACUGUGAAUGCUGGGUUUGUUCUACAUGGCUGUGACAGGGAUCUCAACCUUGCUCUUAGUCUCACUCCUGUUUUUCUACACGUCUAUGUAAACCAACCUCACACCAUCGAGGUGAGCUAGUGUACUGACCUCUGAGUCCCUCACAGCCUGUGCGCCUAUCAGAAACAUCCUAUAAGAUAGGCCUGGGUAUGAGGCCAGUCUGACCUGCAGAUUCUCACCAAUCUCAGGGUUCCUAUAGGACUUUUCUGCUAUGGCAGCUCUAUUUCUCACAUACUCAGAUCAGCUGGACUGGCUGGGCUAUGCAGUCUGACUGACAUGUAUGUGUGUUAUCUGUUAAGAAUGUCCUUGUGCUAAGAUGGCUUAAUGCGCACACUCACAAAAUGCACACACGAGCUCGCACAGAGUCGACUGAGUUGUCCGGCAUUUGCUCUGACAGCUGCGAGACACGCCGUGGAGUCAAGACAGAAAGAGGGUGUGGCCUUCUGUCUGCAUAAACAAAGGAAGGGAUGAAGAAGGAGGGAAGGAUGAAUGGAUAGAUGAAUUGAUUGUAAGGUGAGUUGGUAGUGUAAGGAACCUCUGUCCAAUGCUGCUCCCUAACCUCACUAUCCUGAUCUUGGAGGGCCAUUGUGGUGGCAUCUUAUUUUUCUGAGGUGGAGAACGGGCUUGAAAGGGCUGCCAUAACAGAUAUAUUGUCCAGUAUCUUAGUGUAAAUACAGCACAUUGUGCGGUCUGCUAAUGCAGCAGUGACGCUUAAGUGUCAUCUUCCUGGACACACUCCAUGUCUGUAGAAUUUCACCAAAAUUGAUGUUUAGGUUUUCUUCCAAACAUUUCAAAACUUUUUCUGUGGUUCACCAAAUUGCACUGCGAGAAGUGGCAAGCAAAUAAAAGCCAAUAGCUGUAUAAUUUCCUUUCAAAGGAUGCACCUGUAGUAUGAGUAUAAAUAGGGCCGACUCCCUUCCCGGCCUCCAUGAUCAGGGUGUGGUGCUCCAGUUCUUCCCUUGACACCCCUCUUCUCCCCAGCUCCUCACUCAAAGGCUUCAGGUGCUUUUGAACCCAGACCUCCUAUGCCUGGUUGAAUGUAGCCAUGCAUUUCUAAACCCCUGCUCUACAUUCACUGUCACACUCAUACUGACAGCCGAGUUCGCUGCAGCCUCCUCCUCCCCUCCUCCUCCUCCUCCUCCCUCCCUCCUUACCACCCACUCUCUCCUGCCUUCUGUGUUUUGGACAGCUGAUGAUGUGCCGGCUGUGAUCCAGAUGCUCAGGCUCUAUAAGUAUGCAUCUAUGCAUUGUGUUAUCUUGAGAGAUCCUGCAGGUUACAUCUGUUAUCAUGCUGUAGGUACUUCGUAAAAUGUGCAGGCAUGUGCAUCUGGAGCACAACCCACUGCUAGUUUGAGCACAACCCAUAGACCAUAUUGCCUUUGAGUUUGCAAAUGGAGAUUAGGUAGGUUUUACACAUACAAACAUGACUCAAUUACAGAUAUCAGAGAUAUCAAGUCCUACUUUCGUCAGACAUGCUACAACAGGUAGAGUUUCAGUGGUCAACUAAGCCAUUACCUCAUUAACAUGAUUAGUAGCCAUCAGGUCAGUCUUUUAGCAAUAGUCCCUUUUAUUAAUAAGGCUUUACUAACAUCUGCUGUGGAGCAAUGCAUUAUGGGAUCUCACUGACUGCUGCACCUUAUAGUUGCAUGAUGUUUACAGUCGUCAUUCCUCUCGUUCAUUCAAUUCCCUGAGCUCAGUAGUAGCACAGUAAUGUAUCGGAUGGUAACUACACAUAGUUACACAGUAGCUAAGCUUCUCCAAGUAGGUUAAUGGACCAAGCCAAGUGUAGUUACAUUUAAAUGCCAAGUAAUUAUGAUAUAACUCAUUCUGGUUUCCAAAGACACCUCGAUGUGCUGUGCUUCAAGGGUAACUGAAUGUCAGUGUGUUACUUACAGAGGCCAGAAAUCUGGAUCUGAUCAUUUCAAGGACAUUUGUUUCAGCACAAGAUGGGAGGCGCUUUUAAUUUGACAAAUAUUAGAUGAAAUGUUUGAUAUAGUUGACAAUGUUUACUGUGAAUGACCAAUCCUGAUAUAACCCAAAAUAAUAUUGUAGGCUUGUGUAUGCAUAUAUGCCUUUCCUUGCAUUUCUCCAAUAUCCUGACACAUUGUUCAGUCUGCAUGGAAGUUACAAAUAAAGUAGUUUUUUUCAAUGAAAAA